CGACAGACAGAAUUAUUGCAUUUGUAGCCAAUUGUAGCCAAGAAAAACGAGUCCGAUAACCGGCGGGAGGCUGCUAGUUGAAAUGCAGUUUCACAAACAGGUCCUAAGUUCAUUUAUGACAUUUAUAUAUAUUAGUACUCUGCUUGUUGCGCUCGACACUUUCAAAGCUCUCCUUUUUAUUUUGAAGGCCUUACCGGGUUCUCAUUGACCCCUAUUUCCCUAUUCACUCCUUGACAAGAUGUCGUACCGUGAACCCGUUUACACUUCAGAAGCCUGCGCGCCGCUCCCACAAUUCUCCCAAGCUAUCAAAUAUAAUGGCCUUGUGUAUUGCAGUGGGACUGUCGGAACUGAUCCUGUGACAGACGAACUGGUUCCUGGAACGGUUACCAAUCGUGCACGUAUGGCGUUACGAAAUUUGCAAGCGGUCCUUGAAGCUGCCGGCAGCAGCUUGGAUCGUGUGGUCAAAGCCAACGUCUUUUUAACCGACAUGAACGAUUUUGAGCGACUCAAUAUCGCCUGGGACGAGUUUUUUCCGGUUGACCCCAAACCUUGUCGGACUUGCGUGGCUGUACAUCAGCUACCCCUCAAUACCGACGUCGAGAUUGAAAUGAUAGCAAGCUACGGUGAGAACUGAGAUAUUGAUACUGCAUUCCGGUCCUUGACUACACGCUGUCACUUUGUUUCGUGACAGUGUUGAAUGUACUGUUAUAGCCAGG